UCGUCUUUCACUCUUGGCUGCAAUUUGAGAUAGUGCGAACUGGAAGUGCUCCGUUUUAGCAGCUUUGUCCGCUGACAUGCUCUCUGUCACUUUUUUCUUGGCUGUCGAUUCGCGGAGAUUUCAAUUGCUACAAUGAUGAUGCCCGUUUCUUUCUAACGGUUACGUUAUAUGGGUUGCACUGAUGCACUCACUUGUAAUUGAAAUUAAGCGUACAUGAUAUUCGCCCUGCAUACUUUUUUGCUUCUUCUAAGCUGAAUUGAGAAAGGAAUCCUGGGUUUCUGAUGGAAUCGACACAACAUAACCACGCGAAUUUCCGAUACUUCUUCUUUUCUUGAGCUGGCCCUACUUCAUUGACUGUUGUUUGAGUGGAGAAUCAAUUAGGAUUCACAUAAGGGUAUAGAAUUUUUCAAAAGUUUGAUCUACGAGUCAGCAGUCAAGAUUCCCUCAAGUCGUGGCUAUCGUUUUAUCUAGGUUAGGGUUCAUCACGAAUGGUACUCUAGCUGAACCGCUGCUUACUUGCAGCUCAGCAUGCAUAUCAAGUUCAACUAUAGACUCUGAUUUUUUGAGCCAGAAAAUUUGGAAGAACUCAUAAUAAGAUGGCAAAACAAGAAUUUCAAAUGCUCAUCCACCAACUUUUUUUCUUUGUCAUAAUGCGGGAACUUCCAUCUAUCGGGCGCGCCAUUAUUUCAUUGAGGGGAAAUUUGAGGAGGUGUAACUGCUCUGGGAACGCCAAUGUUUCAAGUCAAAAGGAAGGAUCAGCUCUCUCUUGACCAUGCCAAAUCAAUCUCUAUCCACAUCGGGAGGUUUCGGGAGUUAUCUCUUUGCAAUGAGUAAGCGAGUUGCUGAUCAAUCGAAGGAUCCCCAAAGGGCUCAAGUUUUCAAAGACCCAUCGCUGUCGUGGAUGAUUGGUUUUCUAUUUGUCGUCAGUUUCCUCGGCCUCUUUGCUGUGGUGCCGCUCCGAAAGAUUAUGAUCAUUGACUUCAAAUUAACGUAUCCUAGUGGCACGGCAACUGCUCAUCUGAUAAAUAGUUUCCACACACCUGAAGGGGCCAAGCUAGCUAAGAAACAAGUGAAAGCAUUGGGAAAGUUCUUCUCCUUCAGCUUCUUGUGGGGCUUUUUCCAAUGGUUCUACACAGCUGGAGAUGGUUGUGGUUUUACAGAGUUCCCCACUUUGGGGCUUAAGGCUUUGCAAUACAGGUUUUACUUUGAUUUCUCCGCAACAUAUGUUGGAGUUGGGAUGAUUUGCCCAUACAUCAUAAAUGUCUCAGUGCUACUGGGAGGAAUUCUAUCCUGGGGUUUAAUGUGGCCUCUAAUAGAAACCAGAGAGGGACAUUGGUAUCCAGCAGAUGAAGGCCCAACCAGCAUGCGUGGAAUUCAAGGUUAUAAGGUUUUCAUUUCCAUUGCCAUUAUAUUGGGUGAUGGGCUCUACAACUUCUUCAAGGUGCUUGGCCGAACGCUCUCUGGUUUGUACCGUCAACUCCAAGACAGAGAAAUGAGCCAUGUCCUCCCCAUUGCGAAUGGUUCCUCUCCUAAGAACCCUCAAGUGUCUUAUGAUGACCGACGACGGACACAGCUUUUCCUAAAGGAUCAAAUCCCGACAUGGUUUGCAAUUACAGGGUAUGUCACAAUAGCAGCCAUAUCCACAGCUUCUCUUCCGCACAUGUUCCCCCAACUCAAAUGGUUUUACAUUUUAGUCAUUUAUCUCUUCGCUCCAACCUUGGGCUUCUGCAAUGCCUAUGGGUGUGGGCUCACCGACUGGUCUCUUGCCUCUACCUAUGGGACGCUUGCCAUCUUCAUGAUUGGGGCAUGGGCCGGUGCCUCACAUGGUGGAAUUCUUGCUGGUUUAGCUGCCUGUGGAGUCAUGAUGAAUAUUGUGUCUACAGCCUCAGACCUAACUCAGGACUUCAAGACAGGCUAUCUGACCCUGGCUUCACCACGGUCCAUGUUUGUGAGUCAGGUGAUUGGUACUGCCAUGGGCUGCGUUAUCUCUCCGUGCGUCUUUUGGCUUUUCUACAAGGCAUUUAAGGAUCUUGGACUCCCAGGAAGUGCAUAUCCUGUCCCCUAUGGAAUUGUUUUUCGGAGCAUGGCCGAACUUGGUGUGGAAGGCAUCUCUUCCUUGCCCAAACACUGCCUCACACUCUGCUAUGGUUUUUUCGCAGCUGCCAUGAUCAUAAAUGGGUUCAGGGACUUAGUCGGUAAGAAGUGGGCCCGUUUCAUCCCUCUUCCGAUGGCUAUGGCAAUACCCUUCUACAUAGGGCCAUACUUUGCCAUCAAUAUGUGCGUCGGUAGCUUAAUUCUGUUCAUCUGGGAGAAAAUCAACAAAACUAAGGCCGACGCAUUUGGGCCAGCAGUAGCUUCAGGUCUGAUUUGUGGGGAUGGCAUAUGGACAUUGCCUAGCUCAAUACUCGCUUUGGCAGGGGUUAAUCCACCAAUUUGCAUGAAGUUCCUAUCAAGAGCCACGAACAAGAGAGUCGAUGGCUUCCUGGGAUCUUAGUCCUGCAGUUCAGACUCACGAAGACGGUGUGAAAUCUCAAGCACGUCGCAAGUCUUUAGAUGGACGUCAUGAUCUGCUCUUCCUCUUUUUCUUGCAAUCUCCCAUAAUCCCAGUGAAACAGUCGUAGCAGCUAGCUGCUGCCAAAUUACUCUGUUUGUAACCCGACCGGGUGGGGGAAAAAAGUGUCCUUUGGUAAUUGAUUGUAUAUGGAAUUGUCUUUGGUGCUUCUCUUCAUGCCUUAUAGAAUUCACAUUUCUGGCAGUA